AUGAACAAAUCUUCACCUCUUUUCUUCUUUUCUUUUCUCUUUCUCUCCUUGCGCCCAUGUGGAUUGCCUGUUCUGUUUGUUUACUACGUUAAAGUUCAAGCUGUUCACUACAUCAGACGCCAAAAGUAUGGGAAACCAACUCCUGAUCUGGAAAGCGGACUCUCUUCUGUCUCUAACGAGGUGGUAUCCAUGGGAGUUCAACUGAACGGUCUCGAGCGUCGCAUUGCGGCUCUUGAGGCGGGGACAUCGAACCCGCAACCAGUGAAAACAAUGGAGAAGAUCAAACCUGGAUCGGCUGGAGAAGGUGCGGUGUCUUCGGACUCUUAA